AUGGCGCCGGGCGCGCUGACGCGCCGUGGGUUUGCUGAUGCACCGUCGUGCCGCGAUUGCCACCCGGCUCUCUGCGCCGUCACAUCGCAUCACGGCUGCGCUGGUCCUCAAAACUGGUUUUCACUGCUGGCUCCUGUCCCAAGUUCCAGUGUCCUCCCCUCUGCCCCCCGAGAUGUGGUCCCUGUUUUGGUCUCCAGCCGAUUUGUCCGUCUCAGCUGGCGCCCACCCGCAGAAGCCAGAGGCAGCGUCCAGACGUACACGGUCUUCUUCUCCAGGGAUGGCGUCAACAGGGAACGGGCAGUCAACACAUCUCAGUCUGGGACACUUCAAUUUACCGUGGGCAACCUGAAGCCGGAGGAGACCUACACCUUCCGAGUGGUGGCAUACAACGAGUGGGGACCAGGAGAGAGCUCGCAGCCCGUCAAGGUCGCCACGCAGCCGGAGCUGCAAGUUCCCGGGCCGGUGGAAAACCUGCGGGCUGUGUCUACCUCACCUACCUCGAUUCUCGUCUCCUGGGAUCCCCCUGCCUAUGCAAACGGCCCCGUUCAAGGCUACAGGCUCUUCUGUACGGAGACGGCGACUGGAAGAGAGCAGAACGUGGAGGUGGACGGGCUCUCCUACCGGCUGGAGGGGCUGAAGAAGUUCACCGAGUACACCCUGCGCUUCCUCGCCUACAACCGCUACGGCCCCGGCGUCUCCACCGAGGACGUGACGGUCACCACGCUUUCAGAUGUGCCCAGCGCGAUGCCUCAGAACGUCUCCUUGGAAGUGGUUAACUCCAGGAGCAUCAAAGUUAGCUGGUUGCCUCCACCACCAGGUACUCAAAAUGGAUUUAUUACGGGCUAUAAAAUCCGACAUAGAAAGACUACCCGCAGGGGUGAGAUUGAAACACUGGAGCCAAACAACCUCUGGUACUUGUUCACAGGACUUGAGAAAGGAAGCCAGUACAGUUUCCAGGUGGCUGCCAUGACAGUGAAUGGGACGGGGCCCCCCUCGGACUGGUACACAGCAGAAACACCUGAGAACGACCUUGACGAAUCUCAGGUUCCUGACCAGCCAAGCUCUCUUCAUGUCAGGCCCUUGACAACAAGUAUCGUCAUGAGUUGGACUCCGCCGCUGAACCCAAACAUUGUCGUCCGCGGGUACAUCAUCGGCUACGGCGUCGGCAGUCCGUAUGCUGAGACUGUGCGGGUGGACAGUAAACAGCGUUACUAUUCCAUUGAAAAUUUGGAGCCAAGUUCCCAUUACGUGAUUUCCUUAAAGGCCUUUAACAACGCAGGCGAAGGGGUGCCCCUGUACGAAAGUGCGACCACCAGGUCGAUGACAGUCCCAGAUAUCUCCACCCCCAUGCUCCCACCAGUAGGUGUCCAGGCUGUUGCACUUACGCAUGAUGCAGUGAGGGUCAUCUGGGCAGACAACUCUGUCCCAAAGAACCAAAAGACUACGGAGGUUCGCUUCUACACAGUCCGAUGGAGAACGAGCUAUUCGACGAGUGCUAAGUACAAGUCGGCAGAUACGACCGCUCUGAGUCACACCGUGACAAGUCUGAAGCCAAACACCAUGUACGAGUUCUCCGUCAUGGUCACCAAAGGUCGGCGGUCCAGCACCUGGAGCAUGACCGCCCACGCCACCACCUAUGAAGCAGCUCCCACCUCUGCUCCCAAGGAUUUGACAGUCAUUACACGGGAAGGGAAGCCCCGGGCCGUCAUUGUCAGCUGGCAGCCGCCGUUGGAAGCCAAUGGAAAAAUUACUGCUUACAUCCUCUUCUAUACUUUGGACAAGAAUGCUCCAAUUGACGACUGGAUUAUGGAGUCCAUCAGCGGCGACCGGCUCACCCACCAGAUCAUGGACCUCAACCUGGACACCGUCUACUACUUCAGAAUCCAAGCUCGCAACGCCAAGGGAGUGGGACCCCUCUCCGAUCCUAUUUUCUUCCGGACGCUGAAAGUCGAGCACCCUGACAAAAUGGCUAAUGACCAAGGUCGUCACGGGGAUGGCUCCUACUGGCCGGUGGACACCAACCUGAUUGACAGGAGCAGUCUGAACGAGCCUCCCAUCGGGCAGAUGCACCCUCCCCACGGCAGCGUCACGCCCCAGAAGAACAGCAACCUCCUCGUCAUCAUCGUCGUCACCAUCGGCGUCAUCACCGUGGUGGUGGUGGUGGUGGUGGCCGUCAUCUGCACCAGGCGCUCCUCGGCACAGCAGAGGAAAAAACGUGCAACCCACAGCGCUGGUAAAAGGAAGGGCAGCCAGAAGGACCUGAGACCCCCGGAUCUGUGGAUACACCACGAGGAGAUGGAAAUGAAGAACAUCGAGAAGCCGACGGGCUCGGACCCCGCAGGAAGGGACUCCCCGAUGCAGAGCUGCCAGGACAUCACCCCCGUCAGCCACAGCCAGUCGGAAACGCAGCUGGGCAGCAAGAGCACCCCGCAGCCCGGUCCCGAGACAGAAGAUGUUGGAAGCAGCAUGUCCACGUUGGAGCGCUCGCUUGCUGCCCGCAGAGCCACCCGUGCCAAGCUCAUGAUCCCCAUGGAUUCACAACCAAACAACCCUCCUGUGGUCAGUGCCAUUCCGGUGCCAACGCUAGAAAGUGCCCAGUACCCCGGGAUCCUGCCGUCCCCGACCUGCGGAUACCCGCACCCGCAGUUCACCCUUCGGCCGGUGCCAUUCCCGACCCUCUCUGUGGACAGGACCUUUGGAGCAGGAAGAACUGUAAAUGAAGGACCAGCACCACAGCAGCCGUCCUUGCUACCGCAGACGCAGCCUGAGCACUCCAACAAUGAGGACGCCCCGAGCAGAACCAUCCCCACCGCCUGCGUCCGCCCUACGCAUCCUCUCCGCAGCUUUGCCAACCCCUUGCUACCUCCACCCAUGAGUGCAAUAGAACCGAAAGUCCCUUACACACCACUUCUGUCUCAAACAGGGCCUAACCUCCCCAAGGCUCAGGUUAAAACAGCAUCCCUUGGCUUGGCAGGAAAAGCCAGGUCGCCUCUGCUGCCCGUCUCGGUGCCCACGGCCCCGGAGGUCACGGAAGAGGGCCACAAGGCGACGGAGGACUCUGCGAACGUUUAUGAGCAGGAUGAUCUGAGUGAACAGAUGGCCAGUUUGGAGGGGCUAAUGAAGCAACUCAAUGCUAUCACAGGCUCAGCCUUCUAA